UUUGCCCAACAUGGUCGGUAUGGGAGUGGGCGCGCCAAAGGGCAACAGUGCUGCCCGCGAUGAUGUGCCUGAGUUCGAGAAGGUUGUCUGGUACAAGCACCCAAACAUGCGUAAACUCUUCUGGCACAGCUCAGUUCUCUGCAUUGCCUCUGCUACUACCGGUUACGAUGGUAUGAUGAUGAACUCAUCGCAGCAGAUGAUCCGCUGGACCGAAUACUUUGACGACCCAAAGGGAAACCGGCUCGGUAUAAUGAACAACAUGUACAACAUUGGUUCAAUUGCCAGUUUCUUCCUCGUCCCGUUCUUGACCCAAUGGACUGGACGUAAACUCCCAAUCGCUGUCGGCUGCACCAUUAUGAUUGCGGGUGCUCUCAUCUCGACCUUCUCCACCAACUGGCAGAUCUACAUGGGCGGUCGUUUCGUUCUCGGAUUCGGUAACUCGUUCGCUCAGAUGUGCUCGCCUAUUCUUCUCACUGAAAUUUGCCACCCUCAACAUCGCGGUAUCUUCACGGCUGUCUACAACUGUCUCUGGAACUUGGGUGCACUCUUCGUCGCGUGGAUUGCAUGGGGUACAUCGCAAGCCGACAACAACUGGUCUUGGAGGUCCAUUACUCUCCUCCAGGGUCUGCCAUCUGCACUCCAGCUGGCAUUCAUCUGGUGGGUUCCAGAGAGUCCACGUUGGUUGAUUUCCAAGGAACGCUACGAGGAGGCCUUGGACAUUCUUGCAUACUACCAUGCCGAGGGUGACCGAGAAAACGCCACUGUCAACUUUGAAUACACUGAGAUGAGGGAGGCCAUCCGAAUGGAAGCCGACGCCAACAGCAACUCUAGCUACAUCGACUUCUUGAGGACCAAGGGUAACCGAUGGAGGUUGGCCAUUCUCAUUUCGCUCGGUAUCAUCUCUCAGUACUCUGGCAACGCGCUCUUCUCCAACUACAUCAACUUGGUCUACGAGGGUGCUGGAAUCGACAGUCAGAACCAGAAGAUGGGUCUCACCGGCGGUGAACGUAUCUUGGCCCUCUUGGUAUCCACAUACGCAGCUACUUUGAUCGACAAGGUCGGGCGUCGUCCGCUCUUCUUGGGUGCCACCUCGGGAAUGAUGGUUUCCUUCAUUUGCUGGACUAUCACUUGCGCCAUCUACGAAAACUCAAACGAGACGAACAAGGGUGCCGGAUACGCACAGAUUCCCUUUGUGUGGCUCUUUGGUGUCUUCUAUGCCUUUGCCUGGUCCGGUUUGCUCGUUGCCUACGCUCUCGAGAUUCUGCCAUAUGCCCUUCGUGCCAAGGGUCUCAUGAUCAUGAACAUCACUGUUCAGGCUAUUCUCGCCAUGGGCGGUCAGACCAACCCCGUCGCGUGGGACAACCUUCCCAAGCACUGGAACUUGGCCCUCUUCUACACUCUUUGGAUCUUCGUCGAACUCGUCUUUGUCUACUUUGUCUAUCCCGAAACCAAGGGUCCCACUCUCGAGGAGAUCUCGCGUAUCUUCGAUGGCGACGAUGCCGUUCCUCACGUCGACAUGCACGCCAUUGAGAAGGGCGUCCACGAUGAGCACCUCGACAACAUCGGCUCCGAGAAGACCCCACAUGUUGAGCAGACUCGUGUUUAA